CCCUAUCAGUUAACCCUUCAAGGGUCGACUAUGGACUUGGAGCUCAGGAUGGGUCUGUGCUUGGCAGUGAUAUAUAACACUAACUACAACUAGUCUAUUAGGACAAACUAGUGAAUUGGCGAAGCUGAAUUUGUUUUUAGUGACCCUUUCAUCAUCAUCCUCUAUCUGAAGGGCUGGGUAGAACUUUAUGCCCAUUCUGCAUCUCUGUAUAGGUACAUGCAACACAUAUAUUGGGGAAGGAACUCCUUUAUCAGCGUGAGUGGGAAUAGUCCAAGGAACCCCAAAGUUGUUGGAUUUUUUGUAUUGAAGACAGCUCCACAGCAUAUAACAUCCACGUUUACAAAACGGGAGUGAUUAAAUACUAGCAUCUCUCUUGCAUCCAACUUUGCAUUCCAUUUUAUUUACAAUUAAAAUAGAAAUGUUCUCUGCCUAUCUUUUCCAAGAGUGUGGUUGCCUGAUGGUCCUUUGAAUUGGAUGAACAAGAUGGUGGUUUCAACCCUAGCCAGGGUGACAUGAUCAGGAACAUGGGAUCCAAAGAACAGAGGAGUCACUGGGAGCCCAUGCCCACUGGUAGCAGGAGGCAUCAUCCUAAGAGGAGAAUGCAUAGAAGGGCUGCGGGAAAAUGACUACCUUCUGAUUCAUUCGUGCCGUCAGUGGACCACUAUCACUGCCCACAGCCUGGAGGAGGGGCACUACGUCAUUGGGCCAAAGAUAGAGAUUCCGGUACAUUAUGCAGGGCAAUUCAAGCUGCUGGAACAAGACCGGGAUAUAAAGGAGCCAGUGCAAUAUUUCAACAGUGUGGAGGAGGUGGCUAAAGCAUUUCCUGAACGCGUGUACGUCAUGGAGGAAAUAACAUUCAACGUGAAGGUUGCCUCGGGUGAGUGCAACGAGGACACCGAAGUUUACAACAUCACCCUCUGUACUGGGGAUGAACUCACUCUAAUGGGGCAGGCAGAAAUCUUGUAUGCAAAGACUUUCAAAGAAAAGUCACGACUCAACACAAUCUUCAAAAAGAUUGGGAAACUCAAUUCCAUCAGUAAGCUGGGCAAAGGCAAGAUGCCCUGCCUCAUUUGCAUGAAUCACCGGACCAAUGAAAGCAUUAGCCUUCCAUUCCAGUGCAAGGGCAGAUUUAGCACCCGGAGUCCCCUGGAGCUUCAAAUGCAGGAGGGCGAACACACCAUCCGCAACAUUGUGGAGAAAACCAGGCUCCCCGUGAAUGUGACUGUGCCCAGCCCUCCCCCCAGGAACCCCUACGACCUCCACUUCAUCCGUGAGGGGCAUCGCUACAAGUUUGUGAACAUCCAGACCAAGACAGUGGUGGUUUGCUGUGUGCUGCGGAACAACAAGAUCCUCCCCAUGCACUUCCCUUUGCACUUGACCGUCCCCAAGUUUAGCCUCCCAGAACACUUGGUGAAGGGAGAAGUGUGGCCCGAAACCCUGGUCCAUCACUGGCUGGGUAUCUGCCAGGAACAGUUCGACAUCGAUGAGUAUUCCCGGGCUGUCCGAGACGUGAAAACUGACUGGAAUGAGGACUGCAAGAGCCCCAAGAAGGGCCGGUGCUCUGGCCACAACCACGUGCCCAAUUCGCUUAGCUACGCUCGCGAUGAGCUCACCCAGUCCUUCCACCGGCUCUCCGUCUGUGUGUAUGGCAACAAUCUCCAUGGCAACAGCGAGGUGAACCUUCAUGGCUGCAGGGACCUGGGGGGAGAGUGGGCCCCCUUUCCUCAUGACAUCCUGCCCUACCAGGACCUGGGUGACAGUGGGAGCGACUACCUUUUCCCGGAAGCCAGUGAGGAGUCAGCGGGCAUCGCAGGCAAGUCAGAACUCCCGUACGAAGAGCUCUGGCUGGAGGACGGCAAGCCCAGCCAGCAGCCCCUCACUCGUUCCCUGAGCGAGGAGAGCAGAUGCGAUCAGCCCAGAGGUUCUGUCCGGUCCAAGUGCGCAGCCUCUCCUCUUCCUGCCCCCGGAGCUCUGGGAGCGGCAGUGAAGUCUUCAGAGAUCGCCCUACCUCCGCCUCCAGUGCCUCCCAAAUCUGAAGCCGUCAGGGAAGAGUGCCGGCUCCUGAACGCCCCUCCUGUUCCACCCCGAAGCGCAAAGCCUUUGUCCACAAGCCCCUCCGUCCCUCCUCGUGCAGCCAAGCCAGCGCGGCAGCAGACUCGCUCUCCCAGCCCCACCUUGUCCUACUAUUCUUCAGGGCUGCACGACAUCAGCGUUCCUAAAAGUGACACCGGGCCUUCUGAGAGUGCUCCCGUGUCCUGCUAUCCCUGUAACCGAGCGAAAGCCGAUUCCGUGGACCCCAAGUCCCCGACGGGCAGUCCUUCUGCUGAAACCCUCUCCUCCAGGCUCUCGUGGCCCAACCACUAUUCGGGAGCGUCGGAGAGCCAGAGCAGGGGGGACUUCCUGCCGGGGCCAAGCAGGAGUUACAGUUACCCCAGACAGAAGACGCCAGGCACACCAAAGAGAAACUGCCCAGCACCCUUUGAUUUUGACGGCCAUGAGCUCUCGGCCAGCCCCCCCGGCUCGGUCACUUCAGAAUUCAGUGGCGGCGUCUCUGCCUGUCCCAAGUCAGCCAGCUACUCUGUGGAGAGCACAGAUGCGAAAACGCUGGCCGCGGACACAAGCAAGCAGAGUAUCUCGUGCCCUGCCUUACCCCCCAGGGCCCCAAAACCGGUGGAAGAGAAAGCCGCCUCGGACACUUCUCCUUUGCCUCUGAAAAUUGAUGGUGCUGAGGAAGACCCCAAGUCCGGGUCACCGGACCUCUCCGAGGACCAGUACUUUGUUAAAAAGGGCAUGCAGGACAUCUUCUCCGUCUCCUACCCUUUCUCGUCUCCGCUUCACCUCCAGCUGGCCCCCAGGUCCUGUGGCGAUGGCUCCCCGUGGCAGCCACCCGCUGACCUGUCGGGACUCUCUAUAGAGGAAGUGUCCAAGUCGUUACGGUUUAUCGGUUUGUCUGAAGAUGUCAUAUCGUUCUUUGUUAGCGAAAAGAUCGACGGGAAUUUGCUCGUUCAGCUAACAGAAGAAAUCCUCUCGGAGGAUUUCAAAUUGAGCAAACUGCAGGUGAAGAAAAUAAUGCAAUUCAUUAAUGGCUGGAGGCCCAAAAUAUAGCCAAACAACCCCAGCUAGCAUUGGACGAAACUGAUGUACGUGUGUGCCAGAGGGGGUGCGCUGGGACACAAUUCCAUGUUUUUUGCACUAAAAACCUUCUCUGUAAAUAGGUAUAAGAGACACUCCUACUAUGCAGAUUACGUUUUUGAAUGGUGAACAGGCUAUUUUGUACAUCAAUAAAAAUGCUGUACAGAACACUUAGAGGUGUGCCUUGUACAUCACUCAACACUCAACAGCUGCUAAAAGACAAAAGGCAUGUUCAGAGAGAGAAUUCUUACCCAAGUAGGUUUAUGCGAGAAGGUAUGGUAUUUAUUACAAAAUAGCCAAAGCUGAAAAAAAAAACAUAAGAAUCAAAAAACAAAAACAAAAACAAACAACACUUUUGAACAACAGUUCUCUCCUUUGGGAAAAUCGACUUUAGACAAUUAACUAUUCUGUGCUCUGUCGUUUGGAUUGCUCAGUGCUAAUUGUUUUACUCUUGUGCCUGAAAAUGUUAGUGAUAUGAAAUGACACUUUACUGUUUGUUAUAUGCUCGGUGGGGAUCUUUUCAUCAAAAGGCAUUUUCCAAAAGUCAUGUGUGGAUAGAAGGUGUAUGACGUCCUUAGAAAUAAUACAAAUUAUGACCACAAUCAUUUAUCUGUAACUGCUGCUAAUUUUCUCGAGCAGUGGAAGAAAAGAGCAGAACGUAUACAUAUAUGUGUAUAGAUGUAUACACAAUGCAAACAUGUUUUAAGCAUCAUUAUUAGUCUGAUGUUUUAGAUAACAUCUGUUCACUUUCAAAUAUCGAUUGAGGUUUGGGGCCAUUAAUUAGGUUGCCUCUUAGGAAGAGUGGGCAGAAUGAUUCCAAAGAUUCUCAGAACCCUUUCCCUUGACGCUCAGUCUUACUGGUCUUCAUCACUGAAAGCUUAGAGGAAAUCAGUAGAGUGUCUGUAUUGAGGAAUUACAUUUGAUUGUAAGCCCAUGUGGGGUAGUUUGCAUAUAAUACUCGCAUGCUGGUGUCUGGGAAAACGACAGUGUCUUGUCAAAGGAUUAUUUGUCUCCUGUUUGAGGGUCUUAUAUUCCUGGUGUCCAACAGCGAGAGGUCUGAAAAGCAUUUCUCAGAGCGUGUUAGGUGUUCUCAACGUGCUUUGUGCUUCACCAGAGCUCAGAAAUCAGACAUACGAUCUUCUGUUAUUGUGCGUGCUAGAUAUGUUGAGUAAUUUUUUAAAGUAUCAGUAAGUACUUGUUUAGUUCGUAAGCCUCUUCUUUCCUCUCUUCCAAAGAAAAUGUAUUAUUACCAUACUUUUAUUAUUGAGAAUUCCAGGACAUGAUUCUGACAGGUUUUGCCAAAUGUGAUUAGAUAUUCCAAACUAUAAUGUCCUCGUCAUCAUUCUUGACUUUUUGAAGGAAUGUAUAUCUUAGGAAAGCUAGAGUUCUCCGAGCAAGCCGUCAGCCAUAGCCCUGUCUCCCCCCACAUCUGAUUCUGGAUGUGCAGACAUCUGUGACUGAGGUCAGCCAACCAGGUGCCAACAUGACUUCAGGGUUGGCUUCUUGUUAUCUAUUCAUCCCACUGACCAAAAUAAGUAAACAAAUGUAAAGACAAGACCCACAAUAAGGCAACAUGCAAGAUGGCUUUAUUUCUUGACGUUAAAGAUGCUUAAUCCAUCUCGUGGUAUAGAAUUGAGGUGAAUUGAUGCGUCUUCUCAUUUGCCAUCAUAAAUCUUAUCUUUUUUUUUUUUUAAAAGGGGCAUUUUUUCCCCCUUAACAUUUCUCCCAAAAUGUAAAUACUCUGGGUAGAAUGACCCCAUAAGGAGAGUAUCUUGUAAAAUGCGUCAUACUGGAGCGCCCCUCCAGGAGUAACUGAAAUAUUUAUUACAAAGGAGUUUCUGGUACCGCACUCACAUGACAAGAGACCCUCAGUGACUUUGCCGGUUAGAAAACAUCCUUCUGUAUAAGCCACCACUUCCGUAGCAACAUUAACCUCUCAGAAACUUCCUUGAAAAUAAAAACAGACAGGAUGCAGUUGAAAAGCUGCAUUUUUUUUUCUUUAACAAAUUCUCACGGAAUCUGCUUUUAAACGCCUGACCCCUGGACACAAUUCUCAAAUUCAGGCAGGAGGAACCGACUGGCUUUGGGUUUACUAUGAAGGUUGCCCCACAUACACAAAUGACCCCUUUUAUGUUUCUCUUUUUGUUUUUUCUUUUGCAAGAACUUGACACAAAUAGUUUCUGCGUUCUGUCUUGGCAUAUUUAUAUCGAGUUUAUAUUGGUGGCAAUGUAGAGACUGCUUGGAGACAGGCACUGUGGCCCUUGGGUCAUGUAUUCAGAUUUGUUGAACACCUCUUAUUGCCAGGAACCAUGCUGUGUGACUCGACAAUACUAAAAAAAAAAAAAGACGUGGCUUGUGCCCUCUUGGAGCUCCUAAUGUUUAUAUUUAAAAUCACAGUUGCUGAGACUGCAUAUGUGUGACGAAAAGAGACAUGAAAUCUUCUGGGCAGUUGGAUGUAUGGAGAGUUAAGUGUGUUAUGUCUUGAAAGAAUCCACAGAUGGAAGAAAUGGCAGCCUCCAUUAAAGGGAUAAAAAAUAAACACCAUGAGACCAUUAAAACUUGGAAUAUGUUGGAGGCAGAAAGUAUCUCGGACUACCACUGGCUAGUGUUCUCUUUUACUGAUUGGGAACAUUUUUAACUGUAAUAUCUUCUGGCCUCUCUAAAGGCACAAAUAAAGGUAGCCGCCAUUACUGAGCUGAACCCUUGUCUGUAGAGGACCUCGGCACCCUGACUAGAUGAGGCAUGCACUGCUAGAGAGAAUCAUGGCCAGAAAGGCAGUGUGGGAAUAGGGUGGAACCGGCCUUUCCCUUCUGAGAGCUGCAGUUUUGCAGUGAAAAAACGAUGCAUAGAGAUCCCCAGAUGCAGAAUCUUUUCUAACCAACCAAGUCAAGAUUGAGUACAUCUUCUAGCAGGUUCCCUGCCGUCAGGGCAGUAACCAUGGGGCUUAGGGGAAAGUGCCUGUCUAAACAGGACCCUGUUUGGGGUUUACAUUCAUGGCCCCCAUCAAAAAAGAAAAUCAGCAAUAAGCCAAAUCAAGCAGCUAAAAUGUAAAAAUAUGGACCUAACUCAUGCUGGAAGGGAGACCUCACACCCUCCCAGACCGAUUCUUUCUCAGAAUCUUGUAAAUGCCAGCACAUUUUCUCUCUUUUAAGUUGAGCUGCUCAACUUUAUGAACUGUGAAAUUUACAUUUAUACUCUUUCAACCCACAUAUACCACUCAAGUUUAUGAAGUUGCAGCAAGCCGCCCAUUCGACUGAAUUGCAGUGUUUAUUCUUGUCUCAUGGAGAAAUAAAACAAUCUUAUGGGAAACUGUUAUGACAAUCCAUUCCAACUGUUUUCAGACACACACAUAAACACCCUCUGCUCACAUUCCAGAACCACCUGCACAUCAUCCCUACAACUCCUUGAGAAGUUCAGGGGGUGGCUGUGGAUGGAUAGAGGGUCCAUUUUCCAAACACUGUGUAACAAGUCACUACGCGUCAUGCUUAAAGAGUAUGAAGUUAACAUUUUGAAUCACAAACUGGAAAACAAAAUAGUUCUCCAAAGUACCUCGUGAACCAUUCAAAGGAAAUUACUGCGUCAUCCACCAGAAAAGCUAAAUCUGCUGUUGGAUACGUCAAUUCCCACUCUUUUUCUAGUAAUACAAAGGCAACUGGCUGCUAGGGCAAGGAAGUGUAGAACACCCAAAGUGCAAAUGACGAGAAGGAGGAUUUUUGCCCUAGGGGGCUGUAAAACUGUGUGUGGAAUUCUCACAGCCGCUUCUUGUCCCAUUGCCGUUUAGUCUUUGAAACUGGGUGUUUUAGAAUUGAUCUCAUGGUGGAAACCAGAAGCAAGGGGUAAAUGUGAUUUCAGUUAAAACUAUGUACAAAUAUCUUCUGUAAUUUUGCUGCUCUAAUUUUUAGGCUAUGAAUUUUGUAAUGAGCUGAUCAGAUUACAAAUUUCCUUUGUUUACAAUCUCAUAUAGUAGGGGCUCAGAUCAUUUCUUAGUUGUCAAUCUCUUCUCCCAUUUUCAUACGAAGUUCCAUUUAAAACAUUGUUGAAACUAAGCCUAAAAAUUAAACUCAAUUAAUUAAAAAUGGGGGAGUUUUCCUUGAUUUAAAUGGAAAUGGUAUAUUCUUUUCAAAGAAUUUUGUAACCACCUUUAUAGCUUCUUUGCUUGGAAAACCGAGGGUGUUAACUACCAGUUAACAGUUGUAUUACUUUCCAGAGCAUUAUCUAACGGGCCCAAUGUGUACCUCAAGAUAAACAUGGUAUGUUAUGUCUAAAAAAAUUCAUGGUUGAUUUAAAUGGUUCUGAAAUGUCUAUAAAUAAAGAAAAUUUAAAAGUU